AUGGCACCCAUUUCAGAAAGCCUGAUGGCCCGCAGCCUCGAAGUAAUUCCUCUUUUGCCAACAGCACCUUAUACGACACCUUCUAUGAAAGCCAACCUGAUCUGCCGAGUGGUUUCCGCAUGCCUGGCCAACCUGGUUUGUCUGAUUCCACUGAGAAACCUGUGUCGGAACGGCGAGUUUGCGGCGGUUGUGUUCGUUUCCACAGUCAUGCUUCUUAACAUUCUUACAGUCGUCAACUCUCUCAUCUGGCGCGACGACAACAUCCAAGAAUGGUGGAGAGGCUGGAUCUGGUGCGAUAUUCACCCUUACCUCUACCAACCUGCGUUGACCAUCUACGCCACAUCUAUCGCCGCCAUCAUGCGAAAUCUCGCAGAGCAAGUCAACCUAGACCGCGCCGGUCCGCUCACUACCAUCGAGAAAAGGAAGAGGAUGUGGUUCCAGGCUUUGAUAAUAUUUCCGCUCCCCGUCAUUCAAGUCGGCUGGCUAUAUCCUCUGGCAGGACAGAGAUACAUCAUUGGCACACUCAAGGGGUGUUUAUGGAGUACAACACCAAAUUGGCCAUGUAUCGUCUUCUUCCUACUGCCAAUCCCAGUUGUGACUCUAAUGGCAGGAUUCUACUCAGGCCAACGAUUUAAGCAGAUCGAGAGCACAACUCGUUCUGCUCUCGUCUCAAACUCCUCAACCGCUGCGAGAUCGAAUCGAACACGGCGUAGGUUGUUCUUGAUGACAACUUGCAUUCUUGUUCCUUACGUCCCAAUUUCCUGCGCCUAUGCGGUCUACCAGAUCAAAAUCUACUUCCCUUUACAAGCAUUCGACUUCAAGGAAAUUCACUAUGGUGACGGCGCCUGGCCAUGGGAUUCGGUAAUCCUAUACCCAUACGACCAACUAACCUUCUUCGAACUCAACUCCAACUACCUACCAAUCAUCACGACAGCAGCAAUCUUCGUCUUCUUCGGUAUGAGCAAAGACUCAAUGGAUACAUAUCGUCACUGUUUAUUGACCAUGCGUCUCGAUAAAGUGUUCCCGAGACUACGUGACGACGCCACAUCAAGCACAGGUCCAACUCCAUCAGGCUCCUGGGGGACAGUCUCAAUGUCAGUGCUCGCCAAGUCUCCAAAGUAUAGUUUCGGUCGAUCUGUUCAUAUUAGCCAGGUUUCAAAGGGACAAGGCUCGUUAUCCUCGCCACCUCCACCAUACACCACAGAGGUCAACGACCCUUCCGACGACAUGAGAAUUACCGUCAUAGAACCCGAGCCCUGUGUGAUUAGCGAGCAAAAAGAUUAUACCGCUGCCAGGUGUUCCUCAGACACACCUGAGGGAGGCUGUCACCACGGGGACUCUCCCUCAAAUAACCUCACUGGCUCUUUCCGCGGCCGAUUGGGAGUCCACGGGUUCUCAGGCAAACAGAUACCAGCGGCUAAGUCCCGUUUGCACGCACACUUGGGGUCGGACGUGAACCACCUUCAAGCGGAGCAAUCAACUCAAGAUGAUUGGUUACCCCGACUUUCUCCUCAGCCGGAGUUAAUUACGAUGAUUCAAGCGCAUUUGGAACAACCAGAAACCUACAGUUAG